UCUGUACCCGCCCCGCUUACAAAGACCCGCGGUCUUCGGUGCUGGCCUCACCGCUGUGUGCCUAGCUCUUUCAAGCACUGCUGCGCCUCGGGGCCCAGGUUUCAAGAGAAUCUUCAAAAUGCCAUCUCAAAUGGAGCAUGCCAUGGAAACCAUGAUGCUUACAUUUCACAGAUUUGCGGGGGACAAAGACUAUUUGACAAAGGAGGACCUGAGAGUGCUCAUGGAAAGGGAGUUCCCUGGGUUUUUGGAAAAUCAAAAGGAUCCUCUGGCUGUGGACAAAAUAAUGAAGGACCUGGACCAGUGCCGAGAUGGCAGAGUGGGCUUCCAGAGCUUUUUAUCGCUAGUUGCAGGUCUCAUCAUUGCGUGCAAUGACUAUUUUGUAGUACACAUGAAGCAGAAGGGGAAGAAGUAGGCCGAGUGGAGCACUGACGCUCCCUCCCUGAUGCAUGCUCUCCUACAGCAUCACUUGAGGAAUCUGUCCCGCUACUUCUUGUGAGCAGAUCGGGACCCUUAAGAAAUGUGCAAAUAACAUCCAACUCAAUUCGACAAGCAGAGAAAGAAAAGUUAAUUCAGUGACGGAGAAGCUUUUGAGUUUUAUACUGUUUGCAUCCUGCUGCCCUCAAUAAAGUCCCUUUUUUUUUUAA